GUUGUGUAGGGAGCAGACUGCUGCUCUACGGGCCAGUCCUGCUGCUAACGUUGGCUGACUGACCUGGUUUUCUGUAUUUGUAUUUCUUUUUUGACUUAAUGUCUAUUUUUUUUAUCUUUAGUCCGGACGGCGUUAAAGAGAAACACCGGAUGAUAACCAGAAAGACAUAACUGGAGCGGGGAACCGUCAAUGAAAAGAAAGAGGAAAAUCAUCAAGUGCUGCUCCUAAAGCUCCCCAAAGACAUCAUCUCUCUUGCAAGUCCUAAUUUUGCCAAAUUGCCUCCUCCAAGUACAAACUCCUUAUGCAAAAGAUGCACAGAAGGCACCACAGAUAGUCAAACCAGUUGACCCGGCUCAUUUCCCUGUAGAUCCAUGGCAAAGUGGCUGAAGGACUACUUAAAUUUUGGCAGCAGGCGAGAUCCUCCACAGCCCCCAAGGCCAGAUUACACUGAAAGUGAGAUUUUGAGGGCCUACAGAGCUCAGAAAGAGCUGGAUUUUGAGGAUCCUUACCAACACUCUGAUAAGGAGCACCAGAAUGGCAGUUUCAGCUCCUGUAGUGCAACAGUGAGCCUUCCCUCUUUCCCUGCAUUUGGUUCAGUGCUGCCUAACGGUGUGGAGGUGAAAGUCGUGUCUCCGAAACACAGGCUAAUUAAAGUGGACUCUCAGGAGUUUGGGCGCUGUAAAAUUCCCCUGAGUCCUGUGACUGUUCAAGAAGAGCCUGUGGUUCCCUCCGCCCCAGCAGCAUCAGAUGCUGACACGGACUACUCUGAUCCAUUUGAUGCACAGCCAGACCCAAGAUCCAGACCAAACUGGGAGCCCAAAUCUGCACCAACAGACUGCUGCAGCUACAUGGAGCCAUUUGAGGCACAACGAAUUAUUUCAGAACUACAACUUGGCAUGACGACUAACAGGUCUGGUAGUGGCCAGUUAUACGAUAAUCCUUAUGAGGAGAGGAGUCGUCACCACCAUCGAGCUGCUCCACCAACACAACAGCAAACCGUGAGGGUUGAGGGAGGACUUGGCCUGAUAGACAGCAGGGAGAGCAGGCUGCCUCAGGACGAUGAAAGGCCAGCUGAUGAAUAUGAUCAGCCCUGGGAGUGGAAGAAGGAUAACAUCUCUAAAGCUCUAGCAGUCCAGUUUGAAGGUGCAGAAAGGGAGCGCUCACGAGCUCAUACAGAACAGAGCAGGCUUACCAAAGCAGGCACCACAUCGGACACAACUACACUCCGUCUGGUUGGUGACACUCCUCCUCUCCUGGGGGAGAGAGUGGAUCCAUUGCUCCCUCUGGAAAAGCAAGUAUGGUACCAUGGAGCCCUGAGCCGCUCAGAGGCAGAAUCUUUGCUGACUCUCUGCAAGGAGAAUUCUUACCUGGUGAGAAACAGCCAGACCUGCAAGAAUGACUACUCACUUUCACUCAGGAGCUGUAAUGGCUUCAUGCACAUGAAGUUCACCCGGUCUACAGACAGCUGUUUUGUUCUUGGGGAGAACAGUCCUCCCUUUGCCACUAUCCCUGAGGUCAUCCACUACUACACUACACACAAGCUGCCAAUCAGAGGAGCUGAGCACAUGUCCCUGCUGUAUCCUGUCAUAGUGCAGACCCUCUGACCCUGACACACACAUACUGUCUCUCCUGGUGCUACUGACAACCAUACAUACUCAACAUUUACGUAUUUCUACCACUCUCCUUGAUACCUUUUCAAUGCCAUUCUACCUGCACUGCUUUAAAGAGAUUGGGCUGUUUUGUGCCAUGUUUUCUUUUUAUCCCACUCCCAGUAACUACACUGGUGGUUUAACAAGAGAGCGGAGUGCCUCAUGAACCUGUGAAAAAGUGUUGUCACUGAACUCCAGAACAUCAGCAACCAUUGAUAGGAUUUUUAGCUGUGUACAUUUAGGGCAAAGAAAAAAAUUAAUUCUAGUCUUGAAGUGUCUUGAAACAGAAGAAGUUAUAUGAUAUUAUACGGAGAGUUUUCUUCAUUACUGUCUGCAGAGUUAAUAAUAGGAGACUGUACUAUGAAGGGACUUUCAGAUCAUAAUGGCCAGUUGCAUUAUUUGGACCUUUAGCUUGUGCCAAUAAUCCCAAGUGAUUUUUUUACCCCUCUCCUUAUUUUAAUGUAAAUUCUCUAAAAGACUGAACAAAAUGAUGGAGGUUGGUCAUGAGGCUUUACACUAGCUGUAGGUGUUUGAAUAUGUACUUGACAGGUUGCUGUAGCUACAAAUACUGUUAAUUCCCUUUAAGUAUUAGUUAUCAUAUGAACCAAACACUACAUGAUUAAUCAUGGCCAUCUUUUGGCUCUGAAAAAUCUGUGUGUUUCAGAGGCCUGUGAAUGUUCUAUGAUGAUAUAGAUAUGUGCCCUUCAAUGUUUUCUCGAUUCGUCAUGUUAAUGUGUUAAUAGCACAUGUCAGACAGACGUGACACAUUCCUGCAAUACUAGUUUAUAGAGUAAUAACCACAGUAUUAUACUAAAAGCUUGUGGUUUUGUCAUCCCGAUUAUCAAAUAAGCUUUGGUAGUUUAAUUACUGUUUUAUAAGAUUUUAAAUGUCAGCUCAAAAUAAAGGUGUUGUCUGUUUUCAAAUUGUGUGUGUAUUGUGUUAUUUUAUAGAUCGUUGUAACUACAUGGGGUUAAUAAAAGUCAGUGAAAUAAAAU